AAAAAAUUGAAAUUGCUUCACCCUCCCUUCUCUGUAGAGUAGGUACCCGUACUGUGGUACAGGUACCAUAUAAAACGCAUAUCGGGCCUAUGUUUGAUGCACCAGUUCGGCUUUUUCCUUUUUGUAGUUUACUAGUCGGAGAUUUUUCAAAAAUAAUGAAAACUUUGGUUGCCUUUCUAGCUCUUGUAGCUAUCGCCUACGCCUACCCAGGAGGUUUGGGAGGCGGUUACGAAGAGCACGGCAAAGCCACAGCAAUUAUCCACGGUGAACCGGUGAUCACGAGAGUAUUCAAAAAUCCCGGUUUGGGACAUUUCGAUAAUUAUGCCCCUAAGAUCGAAGGACCCUUGAAACCUAGAGGCAUCGGCCCGCACGUGGACAGUGGCCGCAAAGGCUGGGAUUGAAUUUGAUCCUUUUUUCAGACUGUUUUCUUCUUUAACUUAUUUGCUGUUGUGAUGAUCUUAGUUUUUAAUAAAUUAUCUUGGUUUUUUAUUUAUUUUUACAUGCCCUUGCAAAAAUCAAGAACAGUAGUGAGUUCUUGAUUUUCGAUUAUGGGACAAACGUACAAAAACGAGAUCCCAUUAAUUCAUCAACAAAAUUGAAUGGAACUUUCCACCGCAACAGGCUUGGUACAAUCGGCUAUUUAUAAAACCAUGAAACAAUUAGCAGCC